AUGCCCCAGUUCAAUCCCUCCAUCAUGUGGAGCUGCGGCCCGCUCAACGGCACGGGCGGCGCGGAGGACCAGCCGCUGUGCCAGCACCUGCAUCUGGUCCUGUCCGUCUUCUCCCUGCUCUACCUGGUGGCCGGCGUCCCCGUCGGCCUGGGCUACAACGCCCUGCUCGUCCUGGUCAACCUGCACGACCAGAGCAGCAUGACCAUGCCUGACGUCUACUUCGUCAACAUGGCCGUGGCGGGCCUGGUGCUCAGCGCCCUGGCGCCCGUGCACCUGCUGGGCCCCACCGCCUCCGGGUGGGCCCUGUGGGGCUUCGGUAGCGAGGCCCACGUCACGCUGCUGGUGCUGUUCAACGUCUCCUCCCUGGUGACCAUGUACUCCACGGCCCUGCUCAGUCUCGACUGCUACAUUGAGCGGGCGCUGCCGCGCACCUACAUGUCCAGCGUCUACAACACGCGACACGUGUGCGGCUUCGUCUGGGGCGGGGCCCUGCUCACCAGCUUCUCCUCCCUGCUCUUCUACGUCUGCAGCCACGUGGCCGCCAGGAUCGUUGAGUGUUCCAAGAUGCGGGACGCGCAGGCCGCGGACGCCAUCAUGGUGUUCAUCGGCUACGUGGUCCCCGCCCUGGCCGUGCUCUACGCGCUGGCGCUCAUCUCGAGGAUCCGGAAGGCGGACACGCCGCUCGACCAGGACGCGGGGAGGCCGGACCCCUCGGUGCACAGGCUCCUGGUGGCCACCGUGUGCACGCAGUUUGGGCUGUGGACGCCUCACUACCUGACCCUCCUGGGGCACACGCUGCUGGCCUUGCGGGGGAAGCCCGUUGACAGGCACCACCUGGGGAUCCUGCUCUUCGCUAAGGACGUGGCGAGAUUCCUGGCCUUCUCCAGCAGCUCCGUGGUGCCGCUCCUUUACCGCUACAUCAACAGAAACUUCCCCAGCAAACUCCGGCGGCUGAUAAAGAAAAUGCACUGCGGGCGCCAGAGCUGCUCCCCGGACCAAGCAGGGGUACAGCAGGUGAUGGCGUAG